UCACUCGAAGGCGUGAAAUUCACAGUGGCUAAACGGAGAGAUAGCAGAAAAUUUCGUUCUCUGUAUCAAGAUGAAUGCCAAAACUUGGAUUACCGUACCUCGAGGACGAUAAACGAAGACAUGUAGUUCAUCUGUUGGCGCCUUUGUUGAGUUUCAGGGGGAUGGACAUAUUUUUUAUGAGCUGUGAUUCGUGAAAAACUGCCAAACUGGGGUGUGGAAAGUCCAAGGUUGACUCGCCAGUCCAUAGCAGUAGUAGUAGUGGUAGUAAUAAAGGCAGCAGCAAUAUGGCGGGUCCCAACCUUACUGUGCCGCAGUUUCCUGCGGCAAAUUCCCAACAACGAAUUUCACCGUCCCCGAGUGCAGGUCGCAACAAGGUGGCGCUGAAGCCUGGCAGGUCGCUGAUGGACUGGAUCCGAUUAGGGCGAAGCGGCCAGGACUUGACCGGAGUUGGCGGGAAGGUCUUGGAGGUGUCGUCGGAGGAACUGGCCAAACACAGCAGGCCUGAAGACUCCUGGAUUGCUCUCAGAGGAAAGGUGUAUAACAUCACUCCAUACCUGGAGUUUCAUCCUGGUGGAAUUGAUGAACUGAUGAGGGGAGCCGGGAAGGACGGGACACAACUCUUUGACGAGGUGCAUAAAUGGGUGAAUGCAGAGUCCAUGUUGGAGAAGUGUUUUGUGGGACGCGUCAAAGUGGAACUACCCACAUCAAGGCGAGGAAGUGCAACAUCCCGGGGCAGUACCAGGUCCAACACUCUCAGCCCUAAUGGAUCCAUUAACCCAUUAAACCUCAAGCCACCAUCAGGACCUCAGCCCCCAAGACAUGACUGGUUCCAGAAUGCCAAGUCUGUAACCAUUGUUGUCUACACAAAAUGGCUGGCCAUGAAAGAUGAAUUUGUCACCAUCGACUUAAAUGACAGGAAGCUUAAAAUCAACAUAUUCCUUGAAACUCACACCUAUCAGAUGCAUAUAGAACUUGAAAAAUCCAUCAUACCAGACUAUAACGUUAAGGUACACAAGGACAAUGGGAAGGUAGAGAUCAUUAUGCCAAAGUCGGUGACUGACGAGCAGUGGCAGACAUUGGGGACCAAUCAGAGUGACCAUGGCACCCUGGUAAAGACAGCAGAGAGAGAAGUGUCUUACCGCCAGUGCACGAUUCAGUCUAUACAAGAAGUUAGCCCUGACACGAAGCUGUUAUGUGUGCAGCUACCAGAAGGGACACGGAUGUGUGUGCCCCUCGGAUACCAUGUACAUAUCAAACAUAAUAUUUCAGGGAUGGAACUAGCCCGAAGUUACACUGUAGUUUUUCCUUCUUUGAGAUCCAGUGAGCAAGACAUCCUUGUAGAACAAGGCCGUGUGUUGUACCUGAUGAUAAAGAUCUAUCCAGACGGUGCACUUACACCCUGGAUUGGUGGUCUGUCUGUUGGGUCAUCUCUAGAGGUGAGUGAUAUUGAUGGGAAUUUCCAGUCCACCCAGCUCGAGAAGAGCACUCAGCUAAUCCUGAUGGCAGCAGGCACGGGAUUCACCCCCAUGGUGAGGCUGUUGUACCAGACCCUGGUGGUGGAGCAAGACUCAAAGAGACAUGUAAAACUGAUGUUCUUCAACAAGACGAAAAAGGACAUUCUAUGGAAGGACCAACUAGAUGAACUAGUAGCCAAGAAUGACAGCAGGUUGUCUGUGACGUAUGUCCUGUCUGAGCCCGACUCGGAGUGGGAGGGACCCAAGGGGAGGGUGCGGGAGGAACUCAUGAAGGAGGAGAUGCCCACAAUGGACGACGGAACCAAUCUGCUGGUGUGUGCGUGUGGACCCACACCAUUUACUAAAGAAGUGGUCAGGUUAGCCAAGACUAUGGGAUGCAAAGAUGAACAGCUUCAUGCUUUUCUAGGCUGAGCUACCUCUCUGUCAUGUCACUAGUACAUACUGCUAAAGAUGUCCUGAAAAUGAUCCUCAGAUUUUCCUGUGUGGCUUCAAAUAAAUGUAGGACUCACAGAGUCGUCUUAAUAAAAAGAAUGAACUUUCGCUGUAACAGAUCCUUUGUAAUCCCAAUGAAAUUAAGGAUGUUUGGAAUCCCUGUCUAAGGCCCAAGCAAGUCACUGGCCAGAGAUAUCUGCUAGAUACCAGUAGACGGUUGUCUGGACGUAUUUUCAGAAACUCCAUCUCCUUGAAAGAUCAUGAUAUUCAUCAACAUUUGUGGCUUAAACCUAUCCACAACCUUGUUGUCUCUUGAGGAAGCUGAUUCCAUAGAAGAAAUUAAUCCUAACCAGAUACCUGUGAAAAACACUUGUUAUUUCAUUUCUCCAAAUCCAGAACUUCAUUGAGAUGCCUGAACAGGCAUCAGUACCUCUAUAAAGAAGGAUAUUGCCAACAAACUUUCUGCAUGAUGUCAUACAGAGACUCUCAAUGUGUCCCCUGACAGACUCCACAUCCUCUGAUGUACAACCAAAAGAGUGAAAGAAGAAUUUCAAUUGGCAUCUCCAACGAACUUUUGUACAUUGUCCUAGAUGACCUCUGUUAGUGUCAUCAGAAAAUCCUGAAGCGUUUCCAGACCCUUUUUCUUCUUGCAUUUUCCGCUUUGUUCCCAUAACUUUGUUGUAAAAAACAUCUUCUCUGGAAUGCUGUUUCCCGAAGUCUAGAAGGGUUUCAGAAAAAUGGUAACAGUCAAAUGGUGGUACCGUUUACUCAUGCUGGUUUGAUCUUUGAGGAUACGACAACCACAUACAACCUUUCAACAUGUGUCGAACAACUUUCUUAUUAAUAUGUGACAGUUUGGUAUAGCUGUUGUAUAUCAUUUUGAAUAUUUAUCAACAUUUUCAUAUUUUGUACUAUUUGUACCAAUACAAGGGUACAUGAUGUACCUUGCCCCUGCUAGAUGUCUGACUUUGUCCUACUCUACUGUGAUAACUGCACUAUGAUGUCAUCCUGUUGUUUUCUUGUACCAACUCUGGCACACUUGUUUGCUGUAGGCCCAAACUCGUUAGCCUGUUUUUCCAAGAAAGAAUGACCUUGUCAGAUGUUUUUGUCCCUUUUGGGAAAUGUGUCUGACCUUGGCACCGCCAUCUGCUUGGGAUCUGCUGACCCUAAGCUGAACUCACAUAUGUAUCCCGGUAGAGUAACACCUCACCAUUCCCAGUAAAGAGAGCAUUGUGAAAACAGGUGCCCCGAAGAAUGACCUAUUAAAGAGCAAAAGAACCCAAAGAUUGACCUAUUUUAGAGCCAAAAAUCCCAAAGUAUGACCUGUUUCAGAGCCAAAAAACCCUCUAGUUAUUAAUGAACCCACAGAAGCUGCAGUUUCAGACACUGUGCCUACCAUUUGCUGGGCUGGUUUCUUUAUCAUGCAAUUAGAACUGAUUCUGAAUUUACAGUUCAAAUUCUAGGUAAUACCUCUCCAUCGCUUGAUGAAGUCACUAUUUCAUGUGUGUCUUUCUUUUUCUCGAGAACAGUUGCCCCUGUUAUAGGACCUUUCAUAGUCCUCUAAAUUAUUACUUUGUUGACAUCAGAACCACCCUCAUCAUUUUUCUCAGAAGGUGGUACUUUACCUCAUCAGUUAAGUUCAGAGUGACAUCACCCGAUAUCUGGCAAACUGUUUUUUAACCCCUUGACUAAUUUUAAAGACAGGUGCAAAACCUCAUUAUCGUGGUUCUUAUUGGGAAUGGUUGCACUCUGAUUAUAAUUACCCACCUUCUGCUUUAUUUUUUAUAAGGGAAACAGAGUUAGCUCCCUUCUCAAACCACCACUAAUGCUGUUUUGCCAAGACCAGUGCGGAUGUGACAUUACACAGAGCUCCAAUCACUGUUCCCCCUGCAUCAAGUACUGUGAAACCUGGUUAGCUUCAACUUUAUUAAUUAUCCUUUAGACGAUAUACGGUGAACACCUGUUGGUCCAGAUGCUACUGAUCCCAGUAAAAUCGUCCAGAUUAACACUGUUCCAGGUAAAUUAACCUUGGGUAUAUUGUGAUGUUCCGUUAAUUGUAUACACACGUUGCCAAUGGUAAUUGUGUGGAUUACAGGGUGUCUGGACUGGUCGGGUCACAGCAGAAUCCUGGUAUAAGUCUUAUAUGGACUCAAUGCAGGUUCCUGGUCCCAGCAGAAUCCUGGUAUAAAGUCUUAUAUGGAUUCACUGCAGGUUCCUGGUCCCAGCAGAAUCCUGGUAUAAAGUCUUAUAUGGACUCACUGCAGAUUCCUGGUCCCAGCAGAAUCCUGGUAUAAAGUCUUAUAUGGACUCACUGCAGAUUCCUGGUCCCAGCAGAAUCCUGGUAUAAGUCUUAUAUGGACUCAAUGCAGGUUCCUGGUCCCAGCAGAAUCCUGGUAUAAAGUCUUAUAUGGAUUCACUGCAGGUUCCUGGUCCCAGCAGAAUCCUGGUAUAAAGUCUUAUAUGGACUCACUGCAGAUUCCUGGUCCCAGCAGAAUCCUGGUAUAAAGUCUUAUAUGGACUCACUGCAGAUUCCUGGUCCCAGCAGAAUCCUGGUAUAAGUCUUAUAUGGACUCAAUGCAGGUUCCUGGUCCCAGCAGAAUCCUGGUAUAAAGUCUUAUAUGGAUUCACUGCAGGUUCCUGGUCCCAGCAGAAUCCUGGUAUAAAGUCUUAUAUGGACUCACUGCAGAUUCCUGGUCCCAGCAGAAUCCUGGUAUAAAGUCUUAUAUGGACUCACUGCAGGUUCCUGGUCCCAGCAGAAUCCUGGUAUAAAGUCUUAUAUGGACUCACUGCAGGUUCCUGGUCUCAGCAGAAUCCUGGUAUAAAGUCUUAUAUGGACUCACUGCAGGUUCCUGGUCUCAGCAGAAUCCUGGUAUAAAGUCGUAUAUGGACUCAUUGCAGGUUCCUGGUCCCAGCAGAAUCCUGGUAUAAAGUCUUAUAUGGACUCACUGCAGGUUCCUGGUCUCAGCAGAAUCCUGGUAUAAAGUCUUAUAUGGACUCACUGCAGGCUUCCAACCAUAGGAUAACAUGACAUACAUAGUUUAUGUCCUUAAGGUGUUUAUGUUGUGAAGGUUAAUCUUUAUUAACAUCAAAUGUUGAUUUUUCAGCAGACCAAUAUUACCAUAAGUUUAAUUGCAGUUAUUGUCAUUAAGUCGUUAUUAAAAAGUUGUUAGAAACUGCUUCCUAAAUUACAGUUACAGUAAAAUACUCACUUUGAACCUUUAUAAAAAUCUUCCAAGUUCUGUUCCAAAAUGCAAACUUUAUGCAAGGGAAGUAACUCUUUCAGUAAUAGCACUCUCAGAAUGCCCGCCAUGUCAAGACACGGAAUAAGUGACCUCCCUUUGACAUAUCUCCAGCUUGUCACAAUGAGAAUGUCCGUCCUUCACAUUUCCAUUCAAGAUCUCAUAAACCAUUAUUGCUAUUUUCAUGAAAUGUUUUGUACAAGGCAUUUUCUCAUGGAACACCGAUGAAUAACCCUUUUAGCAUGCUUGUGGUCCUUUCUGAAGCACAACUAAAAAAACAUCCAAGUUUUUUCAUGACACUUGCACAGCAGUGUGUGAAAUAGCUGUCUGCCCACUAGCUUGUGGCUA